GGUCUUUCAUCUUGAAGAAGAAGAAAAAAGAUACGACUGAGCUGAAAUAAAUAAAUAAAUAAAUAAAUAAAUAAAGGAGAACUUGCCCGAUGUCUCCCUGUGCAUUAUUAUUAUUAAUCAUGUGAAGUGAAUCGUGUUAUUAAUAGCUUUAUUUUCAAUCUCCAUUUGAAGAAUAUGCAGAGAUUCUUACAGCAAGAGAAAAGUGUGGCGUUCUUGACGGAGUGACGAAGGGGUCCGAUUAAAGAAACACUAAUCGUCUGUAAUCCUUUUAAUGUCUCACACUUCUCUUUGACAAUACACAAGUCUGGAUGGAGCGAGUUGUGGCGCUGCACAAUGGCCUCGGUUUCAGCAGACAGAUCCCAAUUAACAAAGUUAAACUUGCUCCUGAGUUACUGAAAGGCUGCCUUACAACGCAUUCUGCCUUACCCUACUGAACUGUGUCCAAUAAUAGGUCAGUUAGUACUGUAGUAUGACUAUUUAGUAGGUUUCAAUCCUUUUUUUUUUUUUUUUUUUUUUAAAGUAGGUCUUUUAUUUAUUUAUUUAUUUAUUUAUUUAUUUAUUUAUUUAUUGAGGAGUAAUGAGUUUUCAUUUCCAGUAAAACACACUGGACAAGUUAUAAACGCGUGGUGCUUUUGCUCAGUGAAGUCAACAGGAGAGGAUUUAUUAUUCAGUGUGUGUCCACAUUUACCGCAAACAGGCGCACAAACGCCUUUGUGCGCUCUAGGCCUUCACAGCUCUCGUUAGUGUUCAUCCUCAGCUCAGGUGAAGUAUAGGCUAGUUUAAAUUCAUGGGGGGAAGGGAGGGGGUAAAGGGGGACGCUUUUGUUCUGCUGAAAAAGGGGGCAUGUUCCUCCAGGACCAACCUACCACUUUAACCGCGGCUGUAAAGCGCGAACGGGGUUGACAUUGGAGCCUGCAUGGGAAUGGGAGAAGAGGAGGGGAUAAGAGAGGCUGCUCAGUCCAGCAGCACCGUGUCCUGAAGAGACAUCAUCAUCAUCAUCAUCAUUAUCAUCAUCAUCAUCAUUCUCAUCAUCCUCAGCAGCAGCAGUAGUGCGGGAUGCAUCGUCCUGAUUCCACACACUGACACCCAAACGGAGUUGUGUCCACAGCAGGGACAUCCGACCUGGAGAAAACGUCAACGCUGGAAAUACACGCAGCAGCGAUUAUUUAGCUGUCGUUAUUUUAUUUUUUUUAAAUGGACAACAUGACUCUAGUAGUUCUUAUUUAAGUUAUUUUUUACUUGAAUGCUAUCAUUAUAGAUGCGUUUAGUAUAAUAACUUGGGAAGCUCAUACUGCACGGACUCGAUUGUUUUUUUGUUUCGUUUUGUUGUUGCUUUUUUCCCAUUAAGUGCACUUAAGUCUUUCUCACUGAGCAGUAAAUUGACCGCUGUCGGUUCGGGCUCGUCUCAAACCUACUUUUUUUUCUGCCUGCGCCGUUUUUGUUUUUUUGUUUUUUUCGUGUGUUGAGGCGUCCUUCAUAUUUCGGAUUUUCCUCUUCUGCUCCUAAGCAGAAUUUACAGGCUACUGGUCGCAUCCUCGUUCUGUGAUCCAUCCUUUGGAUGUCCAAGAAGAUCGACCUUUUCAGGGAGAGGACCUUGUCCAUUUCCACUGGGAGACCCUGAGCUGUUAUCUCUUCAAAUCACACGCUAAUUUGGUCUGCCAACUUUUAUCUACGAGGUCAACAAUGAGAUUAAUUCCGUCACGAUUAAGUUAUCUGUUCCUUCACCUCUUUGCGUUUUGCUACUAUGCUCAGGUAACCAUUCAGUCCCCGCCUAAUUUUACACAGCAUGUGAAUGAGCAGAGUAGGGUGACGGACCGGGUCAGCCGCAGACUCAUCCGGACCUACCAGCUUUACAGCAGAACCAGUGGCAAGCAUGUACAGGUCCUGGCCAACAAAAAAAUCAACGCCAUGGCCGAGGACGGAGAUGUGCACGCAAAACUCAUUGUGGAGACAGACACAUUCGGCAGUCGAGUUCGAAUUAAAGGAGCUGAGACAGGAUUCUACAUCUGCAUGAACAGGAGAGGAAAGUUGAUUGGCAAGAGAAAUGGUCAGGGAAAAGACUGCAUUUUCACAGAGAUAGUGCUGGAGAAUAACUACACAGCUCUCCAGAAUGUAAAGUAUGAGGGCUGGUACAUGGCAUUUACACGCAAAGGAAGACCUCGCAAGGGCUCCAAAACCAGGCAACACCAGCGGGAAGUGCACUUCAUGAAGCGAAUGCCCAAAGGACACCACAUCGCAGAGCACAGACCCUUUGAUUUCAUCAACUACCCUUUCAACAGACGGACUAAACGAACCCGUUACUCAGGAGAGCGCUGA